GUGGUUCCAGACUCGCCACACAAGCUCUUUGUCGGAGGCCUGCCCAACUAUCUCAGUGACGAUCAGGUGAAGGAACUCUUGACGUCGUUCGGACCUCUUAAGGCCUUCAACCUUGUGAAGGACAGUGCCACGUCACUGUCUAAGGGUUAUGCUUUCUGUGAAUACGUGGACAUCAGUGCCACUGACCAGGCCGUGGCUGGACUCAAUGGCAUGCAGCUCGGAGACAAGAAGCUCAUCGUCCAGCGGGCAAGCGUGGGGGCUAAGAAUGCCAACGCUACGGCCAUCAUCGAGACGCCGGUGACGCUGCAGGUUCCAGGGCUGCAGCGGCUGCAGAGCUCCGGCAUGCCCACGGAGGUGCUGUGCCUCCUCAACAUGGUCAUGCCCGAGGAGCUGGUGGACGACGAGGACUACGAGGAGAUCCUGGAGGACAUCCGGGAGGAGUGUUGCAAGUACGGCAACGUGCGCUCCAUCGAGAUUCCGCGGCCCGUCGAUAGCGUGGAGGUGCCUGGCUGUGGCAAGGUGGGACCCGUACUCUCCUGUACCAGUGGCAAAAAGAAGACCUCUGUAGGCACUAAACACAGGCUCAUGGGAGCAUUUCUUGCACAAAAGUGUUUUGAAAACGGAAUAAUUUUUUGUGUAAGAAAAACAAUCUGAUUGGUUCAGAUAGACGACGGACGAUCUGAUUGGUUCAGAUAGGCGACGGACAAUCUGAUUGGUUCAGAUAGGCGACGGACAAUCUGAUUGGUUCAGAUAGGCGACGGACAAUCUGAUUGGUUCAGAUAGGCGACGGACAAUCUGAUUGGUUCAGAUAGGCGACGGACAAUCUGAUUGGUUCAGAUAGGCGACGGACAAUCUGAUUGGUUCAGAUA